GGCCGCUCGGGGUUCGGCCCCCCCAGGCUCCUUCCCCGUCCCGGUCCCUUGUCGGGGUGUCUGCUGCGCGGGGAGGGUUGCGCCUCCCCCCCAUGUGUGCGUGUGUGCAUGUGUGUUUGUGUGUGUGCACGCGCGCGUGGGGGGGCGCGGGGGCUCUCUUUGUGGGGGCGGCGGGCCCCGCGCCCCCUCGCCGGGACUUGACUCCAGCCCCCAUUUGUCUGUUGCAGAUGAGCCUCGUGGGCGGCUCCGCCAGCACCGCAGCCGCCGCAGCCUCCUCGGCCGCCUCUGUGCCUUUGCCCAGCCGCCUCCUGACGCUCGUGGGCCCCUGAGCGCGGGGGCCCGGACUCCAGCCCCCCCGUGCCGGGCCAUGCCCGUGGGCUCUGCAGCCCUCAUGUCAACAUGAUGAAAACGGAGCCCUCGGGGGAGCGGAGCACCCUGCGGAGCGCCUCCCCACACCGGAAUGCCUACCGCACGGAAUUCCAGGCUCUCAAGAGCGCCUUUGACAAGCCCAAGGCCGAGGGGGACCCCAAGGCCAAAGAGGGCGAGGGCUCCCAGCAGAGCAGGGGCCGCAAAUAUGGCUCCAACGUCAACAGGAUCAAGAACCUCUUCAUGCAGAUGGGCAUGGAGCCCAGCGAGAGUGGGGCCGCCCCCCCCAAAGCCCGGCCCAAAGGGGGGCCCCCCUCCCCGCCCCGGCUGCUGGAGAAGGCGGACGGCUGCGUGCUGAAGCUGGAGUCUUCCGUGUCGGAGCGCAUCAGCAGGUUCGACACCCUGCACGAUGGCCCGUCCUAUUCCAAGUUCUCGGAGACCCGGCGCAUGUUCGAGAGGAACAGCCGGCGCUCCCCGCAGUCCGAGCGGCCCGGGGCUGAGGGGCCCGACGACUGGCCCGCCGCCAAGUCCAACCGGGGCAGCACGGACUCCCUGGACAGCCUCAGCUCCCGGCCCGAGGCCGUCUCCCCCACUGUCAGCCAGCUCAGCGCCGUGUUUGAGAACUCGGACACGCUCAGCGAGAACCACGAAGAGGACUCUGGGCCGGGCGCCGAAGCGCCCAGCCCCCUCAAGGAACCCGACUCUUGGGGUCCUCCGGACCCCCGGGGGCCCGAGGCCGCAGGCGCGGCACCGGAUGGCCCCGGCCGGGGAGCCCAGGAAACGGCUGCCUGGCCCUCGGAGGCCGAGGAAUCGGCUGCUCCCCACCAAGGGAGGGGCCCCGGGAAACCAGCCGGACCCGAGGAUGUGGCCAAAGCGGCAUCCGAGGAGCUGCCUGCUCUCCAGCCCCCCUCUGCUGAGCCCGAGGCCCCGAAAGCCCCCGGGGACCGCCUGGCAGGGGACGCCCCUGGCAAAGAGGGGGUCCCUGAAGAAGGGAAUGCGGCCCAGAGCUCCCACGUCUACAUGCACACGGACUACAGCGUUUACCGGGUGCGCUCCAGGUAUAACUCGGACUGGGGGGAGGCGGGCACAGAGCCCGAGGACCAGGAGGACAGCGACGAGAACCUGGACUAUCAGCCCAGCAGGGACUACCUGGAGAUCAGCGGCCUGCCCGAGGAGGACGACGUCCCGGCCAACCGCAAGAUCCAGUUCAGCCGGGCACCCAUCAAGGUUUUCCACACUUACUCCAAUGAAGAUUAUGACCGGAGGAAUGAUGACGUGGACCCCGUGGCAGCAUCGGCAGAGUACGAGCUGGAGAAGCGAGUGGAGAAACUGGACCUCUUCCCAGUGGAGCUGGAAAAAGAUGAAGACGGCCUGGGCAUCAGCAUCAUUGGCAUGGGUGUGGGUGCCGACGCAGGGCUGGAGAAGCUGGGGAUCUUUGUGAAAACGGUGACAGACGGCGGGGCGGCUCAGCUGGAUGGUCGGAUCCAGGUCAACGACCAGAUUGUGGAGGUGGACGGCAUCAGCCUGGUGGGGGUCACCCAGAACUUCGCCGCCACCGUGCUCCGGAACACCAAGGGCACCGUCAGGUUUGUGAUUGGGCGGGAAAAGCCGGGACAAGUGAGCGAGGUGGCUCAGCUGAUCAGCCAGACCCUGGAGCAGGAGAGACGCCAGCGGGAGCUCCUGGAGCAGCAUUAUGGCCAGUGUGACGCCGACGACGACGAGACAGGGGAGUACGCCACGGACGAGGAGGAUGAGGAAGUGGGGCCUUCGCUGCCCAGCAGGGACCUGGCCAUUGAAGUGUUCGAGCUGCCGGAGAACGAGGAUGUGUUCUCCCCGUCGGAGCUGGACACUGGGAAGCUCAGUCACAAAUUCAAAGAACUGCAGAUCAAGCACGCCGUCACGGAAGCCGAGAUCCAGAAGCUAAAGAACAAGCUCCAGGCCGCGGAGAAUGAGAAGGUGCAGUGGGAGCUGGAGAAAAGCCGGCUGCAGCAGAACAUCGAGGAGAACAAGGAGCGCAUGCUGAAGCUGGAGAGCUACUGGAUCGAGGCCCAGAGCCUGUGCCACACGGUGAACGAGCACCUCAAGGAGACGCAGAGCCAGUACCAGGCCCUGGAGAAGAAGUACAACAAGGCCAAGAAGCUCAUCAAGGACUUCCAGCAAAAAGAGCUCGACUUCAUCCGGAGGCAGGAAGCCGAGAGGAAGAAGAUCGAGGAGUUGGAGAAGGUGCAUCUGGUGGAGGUCCAAGGCCUGCAGGCCCGGAUCCAGGAGCUGGAGGCCGAGGUCUUCCGGCUGAUGAAGCAGAACGGCACCCAGGUGAACAACAACAACAACAUCUUCGAACGGAGCACGGGCCUGGCCGACGUCCCCAAGGGCGAGGCCGUGGGGACCCCGGACACCCAGCAGGUGUCCACUCAAGACCUGAACGAAGCCGUCCCAGAGACAGAGCGUCUGGAUUCGAAAGCCCAGAAGACCCGAGCCCAGCUCUCCGUGAAGAACAAACGGCAGAGGCCGUCCCGGAGCCGACUGUACGACAGCGUCAGCUCCACGGACGGGGAGGACAGCGUGGAGCGCAAGACCGGCGUCUUGGGGCGGGCACAGGCCGCGGUCCCCUCUGCCAGCCUUGCUGACCUGCCAAAGGAAGCCCCAUGGCCAGCCGCGGGCGCACCGGCCACCUUGCCGCUGUUUCGGGGGAAGCGCUUUCCUCCGCUCUCCUUCAAAGCCCGCUCCUUCCCAUCGAUCGGCCGCCACCGAGAAGGCGGCCCCAGGAAAAGGGUCUUCAGAGCCAGGCUGCAGAAUGUGGAGCCUGAGCCGCCUCCCGCAGCGCAGCCACCCCCACGGCCGCUCCACGCUCCUUUCUCGUGGUUUAGUGCCCGCGGAAAAGGACCCCACGGCUCCCGAAAUCAGCCGGCGCCCGCCACUGCCCCGGAGCCCCCUCCCGGGCAGCUAAGCUCAGAUAAGAAAGGGUCCAAGAACUUCCCCCUCCCCGACGAUUUCAGUCCCAGCAGCACGAGCUCUGCGGACCUCAGCGGCCUGGGGCCCGAGCCCAAAGCUCCGGGGCUCUCCAGAUCCCUGGCCCUGUCCUCUGAUGAGAGUCUGGAUAUGAUUGAUGAUGAGAUCCUGGACGAGGGCCAGUCCCCCAAGCACAUGCAGGGCCAGGGCCGGGCCGUGCGGGAGUGGAGCGUGCAGCAGGUGACCCAGUGGCUGCGGAGCCUCAACUUGGAGCAGUACGUGGCUGAGUUUAGCACCCAGAGCGUCAGUGGGGAGCAGCUUCUGCAGCUGGACGGCAGUAAGCUCAAGGCCCUCGGGGUGACUUCAUCGCAGGACCGAGCCCUCAUCAAGAAGCAGCUCAAGGACAUGAAGGCGGCCCUGGAGAAGGCCCGCAAAGCCCAGGAGAAAAUGGAGAAGCAGCGGGAGAAGCUGCGGAGGAAGGAGCAGCAGCAGAGGAAAGCUCGGAGGGCCGAGCCCGCUUCCCCUGAAGCUCCGGAGGGCGGGACUGAGCAGUGAGGCUGCGCCCGGCUGGGGCGGGUCCCGGCGCCUGCCUCCGGCCCCGCCUGGGGCUCCCCGCAAUACCUAACUGUGGGUGCUCUGGGCUCCAGCCCGGGGGGAUCCCAAAGCACCGAGAGAGACUGAAGGGAUCACGGGGUGGGCGCGGGCAGGGCCUCUUCUCCAACCCCGCCCCCCCAUGGGGGCCCCCCUCGGGGUCCCCCCUUCCCUCCGCACCAGAUUCACCCACGUGGGGCACGGGAGCACAUGCUGGAGAGCCAGGCAGGGCCUGGACACGGCUGGCAUCCAUGGCUCCUCCCUGGAAAGGCGAACCCGCCCUCCCCAGCUGUCCUUCAAGAGGAAGCCAGAGCCUUAAAGUGGAGGGGGGGGCAUCCAGGGUGGUGUCCAGGGAGGGGUGGGAGCGAGGCUCCCUGGACAGCCCCGGACCAGACUUCUGCCCCGUGCUCCUCCUCCCCUUCGGCUGGUCAGCUGUGCUGACGGGCAUCCCCACUCCCUCAUCCCCACAAUUUCGGAACAGGAAAUUGCUUUUUCUACAAGUCAGGACCCCCAGGAGCAGCCUGGCUGGGUUGUGACCAGGACUUCUCGUUUUUCUUUUCUACUGGAGAUUUUCCAUGGGGCUGGGCUUUGGGUGCGCUUUGGAGGAAAUGGAAGUGCCCAGUGUGGGGGGCAGGCCAAGAACCUCCCUCCUGGGGGGGGCUGCUUCUGGGUCCACGGCGUGUCCUCACGCCGUCAUCCAGGAGCCAGGAGGGGCUGGAAGUUACAGGUCGGGGGAAGGAGGAUCCUUUUCAAAUUGGUGGCCGUACAAGCACUGCCCGUGUCUGUGGCCGCCGUCCUCUGUGACCCUGGGGAAGGGACCUGACCUCCCAGAGGAGCCCCACUGGGCGGGGCCUGGACUUUGGCCUUGCUGUUUCCCGGGGGCUGUGCCCCUUCCAGUCCCGCAGAAGACAAGGCUGCCCUAUGCUGGGUGGAGCCGGGGUCUCCCUGCCCAGGUGUUGAGAUGGCAGAGGUCCAGGGUGUGUGUGUCUGAGUUGUCCCUCUCUCUUCCUUGGAGUUGGAGGUUGAACCUGGGAUCUGUCCUCCAAGAGAGGGCCCCCCAGGGGCUUUCUGGGGCGCUUUGGCCACUGGAAAAUGGAACAUUUGGGCCCGUCCACGAGGUACGAACUGGGGUCUUCGCUGUGAUCAGUUGUUGCUUUGCCUUCAGGUGUGUUGCUUUGGGAGUGGGGUGGGUCACCUUCACAAGAAUCCCUGGGACUCAAGCACAGUUUACACCAGCGGGCAGCAGCUGGCAGCAGGGUGGGCAUGUGAUGGGCACAGGUCGCUGCCAGAAAUGGGGAGGGUGUGACUGGAAGCUUGUGGGCCAAGGUGAGCAGCAGCUCUGACCCGGCACCAGCUGGGACUGGCCACAAGUGGACGCGGGGCGCGGUGCCUCCAGAUCAAGAAUGGAGAGGCCCCCAGGCUCCCGGCAGGAAGUCACAGGAAGCUCCAGAGCGUUCCCCGCUGGCAGGCCCAGUCCAAGGCUGCCUCAAAAGAAGCUGGCCCAUGGACACAGGAGCGAGCUCCCCUCUUGGGCGUCAUGGCACGGGCCUGGAGCUUUUCAGAGAAGGAAGCCACAGCUGGGGCCCAAGCGGGAUACGAUUUCUGGUCUUCGGGGCCGCCCCGAGUGGGGCUCCUUCAUUUCUUCGUUGCCAGUCUCGAGCACUGCCAUAAGAGCCCAGGUGGGGACGGAGCCCCUGGGGCUGCUGCAUCUGGCUUGGGUCAGUCAUUAGGCCCCAGCUCUCUCGUCCGGAUUCGUGUUCUUUCGGGGGUCUCCCUGUCUGCUGAGGAGCCUUGAGGUGACCAGUCUUGCAAUCCCUUCUUGCCCCAUGAGCCAUAACAUCGGUGGACCUCCCCCAAGUUUCCGUUGGCUCCCAUCAGAAACAUUGAACUGGAAACAGAAGAAGGUUCCUGCUCACAGCUCCGGGUGAUGUCUGGGGCCUUGGGCUGAGGCUUGGGGUGUCUCCCAGCAUGUGUGCGACCAGCUGGGAACUCCUCAGCGUUCGUUUGGCCCCAGAAGGGGAAGGAGCUUCCUGCGGGAUUUCCCUCCGGAGCCAUGGUCUCCCAAGCUGGGGGGGAAUCGGGUGGCCGGAAGCGGAUGCCUAAGCUGGGGCUUACAGGGUCUCCUGAUCACUCACAUUGAGGCACUGAAGGGCAGGGGGGCUGGGGGUGUGGGUCCCCAGCUGACAAGUCACCACGGACCCUGCACGCUCUCCACGUGGGGCAGAGGCAAGUUAGUGUCAGGAAGGCAUCUUGGUCUAAAGUCCACCCACCUCUGGCCACUCUGCGGACGAAUGAUCCGGAAGAGCAAGCCCAGCGGUGGGGACCGCGACGCCCCCGAGCAAGCGUGAGAGCCGUGACGCGGUAUCACUCACCUCCGCGGGCACAUCUGAGGGAGACGGGAGGCAGCCGCCGGCACGCGGAUGUGCGAUGGGCCCCCGGCCCCGCCCGAGCCAAGGCAACGUGAGGACCUUUCCGGGCCCGGCAGAAACGCGCAGCCAUUCCAGCCCCUUCUGAACCCUGGCACGUUUUCAUUCAAACUCCUUUGUGGGGGGUGGGCAGAUGAAAAGGUGGGAGGGCUUCGUAAGUCAUGUGCCGCCGGAGGCGGGAGCUCCGUUCUUGUCCGUGUCUGCCGGGGACCAGGCUUCCCGCCACUAGAGGGCAGUGUGGGGGCAAAGCAGGCCCAGGGGCCGGCCGGGAAGUGGGGUGUGCGUGGGGGAGGCCGUGGGUGAGUGGGAGAAGCCGGGGGGCGUGAGUGGGUGUGGGGCGAGUGCUGUGUACGCGUGCGGACCUCGGGGCUCCUGUCCCUCGUGUCUUGAUGUUUCGAUUUGCACACCUGUGGAGGAAUUCCAUGCGAAGGGACACGGGGCCGCGAAGGCUGGCGCGGGGACCGCAGGGCACUCGCUGGGGGGCAGAGCCUGGUGCCCCUCCCAACCUGGGCACAGCCAGCCUCCUAACUACUGCUUUUGUACUUUUCGGUGCCCGGUGCCGCGGGCCACGCUCUGCUGACAGAGCCUUGGGCAGCCCCGAGAGAGAAGAGAGGAACUAUCCGCUCUCAGUCCUUUUCCUUUUCAUCUUUCUUUCCUCACCGAGGGAAACCCACGUGUGCAGUAACUCCGAGUCUGUAAGGAUAGCAUGUUAUCCCAAAUUCCUAGUUUGUACAUCUCGAUGUCUGCUCGUCUGCAUGGAAGAAACGGUGCCGUGUGCGGGCGCCUCGUCCUUGGCCCUCCAUCGAGUGAGUGCGCAUCCCGGGCGCUGUUGGUCUUCCGGCCAGGAGAAAGCCCCCGAUGACUCGAGAUCUCCUUGUGUAAAUAAACUUGCCGUUGAGUAUUAUUGUUGUCACACAACGAAUGAAUGCAAUAAAGAGCAGGCUUGAGAUCUGUCCAA